ACAUGCAAGUUGUAACGUCAACACAAGUCAUCCUCCACAAUUCUGUUUAAAAAUGAAAAUGCUCGAGUGUCGAUAGCGUUCAGUCUGGUCUUCGAUAUGCGGUGCUGUUGUCAGCGAUCAGUCGCAGUUCAGGCGCAACUUACGCACAGCAGCGGUGUUUUUUAAGUGACAGGUAAGCAGUUUCUUAGACAUGGACCAUGAGAAUGUGUUUUCAGCAUUGCAGACAGUAUGCUCAGAUGUUAUCUCGGCUCUUUAUGGAUCCCCCAAUUCUUCAAAUGGCAACACCACUGAUCGUCUGUUGGGUGUGAUGAGGCAGAUUCAGGAACAUGGCCGUGCGGUGGAACCAUUGGUUACUGGCUUUACUGCGGUCUAUCACCAUUUUGACUUUGAUGCUCAGACACCUGGCAAUGGAUUUCGGACCUUAGUGAAAGUAGUACAUUCCUGCAUCAUAUACAUCAUCCAAAAGGCCCGUUACAUUGCCUCAAACUACAGUGGAGCAUUUUUCCGGAUAGAGCAUAAUGUGGCAGAAAUUGAAGCGUAUUGUAGUGCCCUGUGCCAGCUGCGGGCAUUGCUUUACCUGGCACAGGUAUUACUAAAUGACAGUGACUAUGGCCAGCUCUAUUCACAAGAGGAAGGAGGUUUGAGUGAGAAAUUUGUGCAAGAGUACAUCUCCAUGCAUAAGGCUUGUUUCUAUGGCCGCUGCUUAGGCUUCCAGUUUUCCCCAUCUCUCAGACCUUUUCUACAGACAGUGGUCAUCAGUAUGGUAUCCUUUGGUGAAAACUACAAGAAACAGCAAUCUGGGAUAGGCAUAGCAGCUCUCUCUUUCUUCACAUCUGGCAAAUAUGUGAUGAACCCUGAGCUGAGAGGGGCAGAGUUUGAGCGCAUCACUCAAAAUUUAGAUAUGCAGUUUUGGAAAACCUUUUGGAACCUAACAGAGACGGAGCUAUUAUCAGGUUUGUCAAGGAUUGCUUCUAGUGUGGUGCAAGUGAAUCUGACAUUAACAGUGCCAGCUGAAACGUUUAGUUUGCCACUCGCCUCUGACCCGACUUGCUCAGUCUCUGUGACCCCACCAGUUGCACACUGGGGCCCUGGGCCAGUCAAUGUGCGGCUGAUCUCACACAUGCUCCGCAAAGGACAGGACAGUGCAGAACUGUUCGCAUUUUCUCGGUCUGAAGGGCCUCAGCGUUCUUUACCUGCGAGUUUCAGUCGUCAGACAGCUCCUCUCACUCCUUGUCUUCUCAUUCACUUCCACGGAGGAGGAUUUGUCGCACAAACUUCUAAAUCACAUGAGAAUUACUUGAAAAGCUGGUCAAAGGAUCUGGAUGUGCCUAUUCUCUCAGUGGAUUACUCCUUGGCUCCAGAGGCCCCAUUCCCCCGAGCUCUAGAGGAGUGUUUCUAUGCCUACUGUUGGGCCUUGAAGAAUUGCCACUUGCUGGGUUCGACUGCAGAGCGUGUUUGUUUGGUUGGGGACAGUGCAGGUGGUAACUUGUGUAUAACCGUCUCUAUGAAGGCAAUGUCUUACGGUGUACGCAUACCUGAUGGAAUUGUGGCAGCGUACCCAGCAACACUACUGACAACAGACUCCUCACCAUCCAGGCUGCUUACUCUCAUUGACCCUCUGCUGCCUUUGAGUGUGCUCUAUAAGUGCAUCGAUGCCUAUGUUGGUACAGGAAGUCAGACAGUUCAGCCAGCACAGCAUUUAGACACCCUGGCCAUUUUGGGACAGGAUACAGUUAAGUUGUCAAGUAACUUUACACAGGGAGCGACCAAUUGUUUUAAACCCUUAAUAGAUCCAAAAGCACCACCAUCAUCAUCAUCAUCAUCCAAUGGGCCUUCACCUUCCAAGUCACGCUCUGAAAACCGGCCACAAGAAGACCGAGAAUACCCUAAAAACUUUGAGCCACUCCGGUCGAGGUGUCUGGUGGAUAUACAGACACCUUGCUCACCAAUAAUGAAGAACCCCUUUGUGUCCCCUCUACUUGCUCCAGACAGUCUACUCAAGGGGCUUCCACCAGUGCAUAUAGUGGCCUCUGCUCUGGAUGCCCUGUUAGAUGAUUCAGUGAUGUUUGCCAAAAAGCUGAGAAAUAUGAACCAGCCAGUGACACUCACUGUCGUAGAGGACCUCCCCCACGGCUUCCUGAGCCUUUUAAAGCUCUCCAAAGAAACCCAGGAGGCAUCUGACAUAUGUGUUCAACGAAUAAGAGAAGUCUUCCAGCAAGAAGUACCUCCUGCUCACAAGCAGCCAAGGCUCAGUUAGACAAAGCUUAUGCUUGAGGCUGUCAGGGACAUAAACAAGAGCACAUCUUGACAGGUCAUGAAUGAGUAGAGUCAACAAAUGUAGUCAAGAGUGAGCAGUACAAAAAAGCACACAGACUAUGUGAAGAAAAACUAGCUUUUGCUGUCCCCUGUACAAACUCCACUAAAUCAGUCAUCCUUGAUGUAAACAUCUGGAAACAAACAUGCACUUGCACUUGUAAAUCCAACUUGCAACACCAAAGUCAUAUCUACUGACAUUUAAUGACACUUGCAGACUUUCAUUACAAUGUCUCAAAGGUAUUCACAAUGACCAAUCACUUUACUGACCAUAUCAACUGACAAGAUGUUACCAUUGUGCCUGUACUAAAGCAAUACAGUCUAUCUGAGCUGCUUUUGCACUGCAAACUAACACCAUUUUUUAAAGCAUCUGCGCUGUUGCCUUUUAUUUAUGUCACUCUUUGCUUUGACCUCUUGUAAAUUAUAUCUAAAAUUAUAAUGUUUGAAUCAUAGACUGUAAAAAAGAUAGACCAUUCGCUCUUUUCCAUUGGUGAGAACUGAAGCCGCCAGUGUCCCGAUAUGGCGCUGACAUCUUGGGACUUGAGUCUGCGCAGUUGCGAUUUCGGGACCAGACCUGCGCAGUAGUGAGCAGGAAGUAAAGCAGCGAAAUCAAGGCCCCGCCCUCACUCUCGCUGAAUCAAUUACAAGCACACGUCCCUGCACUUUUGACUUGUGAAAUAAUUAAUUAUAGAAAUUUAGAUAUUAAAUUUAAAGCUCCAAUCUCCUCAGUCCUCCGAAGAUCCCGAAAAAAGUCCUUUGGUGCUUCAGUGACUACUUCCGCUCAGAGAACCUGUCAAUCACAGCUGUCAAUCAUGAUGUCACAGCACCGUUUUUAUAGCAUCAAAUAACUAACUAAAAACAAACUUAUUUUGAAAACAAACACUUGAAAUUACAUCAACGUGAAAGAAACUACAGUAAAUGACAGAAACUAUCUUUGGAAAAAAGAUAUGUGAAGUGUAAUUUAAUUGUUUAGUUGGUCUCACGUCCCGUUGAAUAACAUGGGGAGGCGGGGUUUAUGACCUAUACUAGGACCAGUCACCUGGGGGCGAUCGAGACGUAUUGGCUUCACUUUUGAGGGCUUGUGUGGCACACUUGGUUUGAAUGCUUUAAUUUUAAAUUACAAGCUUUAAUAAAUCAUUUUACAAGGGUGUGUUUGUUUGUGUGUGUGUGUGUGUGUGUGUGUGUGUGUGUGUGUGUGUGUGUGUGUGUGUGUGUGUGUGUGUGUGUGUGUGUGUGUGUGUGUGUGUGACAUCAUUAUUUACAAGAUAAAUUUUAAGGCCUUUUAAUGGAUGUGGUUAUAAGCUUUACACAUUGUUUCCUUUCGUACUGUUGUCUAAACUUGAACCUUUUGUUAACCUCGUCAUCUCAUCAGCAUGAAUGUUGAUGACCAGAUGCACUGGUAAAUUGUCAAUGUUAAAUAACAUGGUCAAAAGAUUAUCAAACUUUGACCAUUUACCAGUUUCUGUUACCAUACAGUUCACUAAAUAGUCAUGGGCUUUAAAGUGUUAAACAGCCUAAUCAGAUAUAGUUAUAUGUUGACGUGUAAUUUUUGUCACAUAACUCCAAAGAUGUUUGUUCUACAGUGUGCACUUCAGAUAUUUUGAUUGAUUUAAUAACAAAUGCAAUAAUAAAUAA